AUGUCUUUCGAACGUCCAAGUGUUUACUCCGCUCCCGUCUUACAAGGAGAGAGUCCCAGUGAUGAUUCCCAUAAUCAAAUCACCAAAGCUUUCCGCACAUUCAUAUUGGAGUUUAGAUUGGACUCACAAUUUAUUUACAGAGAUCAAUUGCGUGAAAAUUUGUUGAUAAACAACUACUUUCUCAAGGUUGAUAGCGAGCACCUUAUUGGAUUUAAUGAGGAGUUGAACAAGAAGUUGACAGAUGACCCGUCUGAGAUGAUUCCACUUUUUGAAAUUGCCAUCACUGAUAUUGCUAAAAGAGUUGCAUAUUUGUCCAAAGACGAAAUUCCUGCAAAUUUUCCAACUUGUCAAUUGAUCUUGUAUUCACAAGCAAAUAAAGUUUCAAUAAGGCACUUGGACUCGGAGCAUAUUGCUAAAAUUGUCAGAGUUAGUGGUAUUGUUAUUUCUGCUUCGGUUUUGUCUUCAAGAGCCACUGAGGUACAAUUAAUCUGUCGUCAAUGUAAACAUACAAUGCAGUUAAAAGUCAAGUCUGGAUUUGGUCCUAUUCAAUUACCAAAAUGUCAAAGUCCUCAUAAUAUUGACCCCAACUCCACCCAAGAGAAAUGUCCACAAGAUUCAUACGUUAUCGAUCACGAUAAAUCUCAUUUCGUGGAUCAACAAAUCUUAAAGUUGCAGGAAUGUCCCGAUAUGGUUCCUGUUGGAGAAAUGCCCCGUCAUAUUAUGUUACAAACAGACAGAUACUUGACAAAUCAAGUUGUCCCCGGUACAAGAGUCACCAUUGUUGGUAUUUACUCAAUUUUCCAAUCCAAACAAAGAGCGAGCAACAGCAGUGCUAGUAACGUUGCAAUUCGUAAUCCUUAUUUGAAAGUUCUUGGAAUUCAAACGGAUAUCGACAAUGGUGCCAACGGACAGGGUAUCACCUUCAGUGAAGAGGAGGAGGAGGAAUUCUUGAAGUUGUCAAGAAUGUCCAACUUGUACGACGUCUUUGCCAAUUCCAUUGCGCCUUCCAUCUAUGGAAACCAAGAUAUCAAAAAGGCAAUUACUUGCUUGUUAAUGGGUGGAUCCAAGAAGAUCCUUCCAGAUGGAAUGCGAUUGAGAGGUGAUAUCAAUGUUUUGUUGUUGGGAGAUCCAGGUACUGCUAAGUCCCAAUUGUUGAAAUUCGUAGAGAAAAUUGCCCCCAUUUCGGUAUACACCUCGGGUAAAGGUUCUUCAGCCGCUGGUUUGACUGCAUCUGUGCAAAGAGACCCUCAAACUAGAGAUUUCUACUUGGAAGGUGGUGCAAUGGUGUUGGCUGAUGGUGGUGUUGUAUGUAUUGAUGAGUUUGACAAAAUGAGAGAUGAAGACAGAGUGGCUAUUCACGAGGCAAUGGAACAACAAACCAUCUCCAUUGCCAAGGCCGGUAUCACAACAAUUUUGAAUUCGAGAACAUCUGUCUUGGCCGCAGCUAACCCGGUGUUUGGAAGAUAUGACGAAUUUAAAUCACCAGGUGAGAAUAUCGAUUUCCAGUCAACAAUUUUGUCUAGAUUUGAUAUGAUCUUCAUCGUCAAAGAUGAUCAUAAUGAGAGCAGGGAUCUUUCUAUUGCUCAUCAUGUUAUGGAUGUGCAUGCUGGAGGUAAAACCCAGGAAUUACAACAGGAGGGAGAAAUUCCAGUGGAAACAAUGAAGAGGUACAUUCAAUAUGUCAAGUUGAGAUGCGCCCCUCGUUUAACGGCUGAAGCCUCUGAGAGAUUAUCAUCCCACUUUGUUUCCAUCAGAAGAAGAUUGCAAAUUAACGAAAAUGAAAUGAAUGAAAGAUCUUCAAUCCCAAUCACGGUUCGUCAAUUGGAAGCCAUCAUCCGUAUUACUGAAUCGUUGGCCAAGUUGAGAUUAAGUCCAGUCGCAACCGAGGAACAUGUGGAGGAAGCUAUUAGACUAUUCACUGCUUCUACGAUGGACGCAGUUGAUCAAGGCUUGGGAAACAGUGCUGAUGCCAACUUGAACGCGGAAAUCAAGAAAGUUGAACAGGAAUUGAGAAGAAGGUUACCAAUUGGAUGGUCCACUGCGUAUAGGACUUUGAGGAAAGAGUUUGUUGAUUCUGGAAAAGCUAGCAGCUCGGCUUUAGAAAAGGCUUUAUAUAUUUUGGAGAGACACGAAGUUAUCAAGUUCAGGCACCAGGGUCAAAAUAUACUAAGGGUUGGUGUUUAG